UGACAUGUUUUUUCUACCUCACUCUGUGAAGGAACAAGCUAAAAUCCUGUGGAGACACGGAACGGCUGUUGGGUUUUACACAACCAAGAUGAAAGGCAGCCUGUGUGGUGAUGGCACUGGUACAUGCUACCUGCUGCCCGUCUUUGACACUGUGUUCAUCAGGAGGAAACACUGGUGCCAAGGCUUGGGAACAGCCAUGCUGUGGGACUUCUGUGAGACAUUCCCAGAGGACGAGGCCCUGGGGGUCAGCUGCCUGAUGUCUCCUGCCAUGUACCAAGCACACGCAGGAAAUUCCGAGGAGAACGUGAGCCGUCAUGCGAGGACUUCUCAGAAUGACAGACCCAGAGGGUCUGCCCCUGGAGACAGCAGCAAGGAGAGGAUGCGUGGAGAAGAAUUGGAAGACACAAAGAAUGAUCCAGAGUGUGGAGUGGAAGAGGAGGAUGCCGGGCUGGCGGGGUAG